AUGUUGCUUAUAAAAGGCAUCCUAACAGAAAAUAUUGUCCGAAAAUUAAAGUCUAAGACAAACAAUGCAUCAGUGGAUUGGCAGUUUACAUCAGAACUAAGAAGAACGGAUAGAAGGAAUUGCUCCUCCAUGACUGAUUUCAUUUUCUUGGGAAUUACUGAUAAUGCUGUAAACAAAGUGAUCCUAUUUACCAUAUUUCUCUUUGUUUAUCUCAUUACUCUUCUGGCAAAUCUUGGAAUAAUAACACUGAUCAGAAUGGAUCCCCAGCUGCACACACCCAUGUACUUUUUCCUCAGCUGCCUCUCCUUCAGUGGUCUCAGCAUUUACACAACAGUUGGCCCCAAGAUGCUGGUGGAUCUAUUUGAUAAGAACAAAUUAAUUCCUUUCUAUGGCUGUGCUCUGCAGUUAUUGGUGCUCUAUUGUACCUUUAUGGAUCGUGAAUGUCUCCUGAUCGCAGUGAUGGCCUAUGACUGGUACAAGGCAGUCAGCAGCCCCUUGCUCUAUGCAGUCAGCAUGUCCAGCAGGGUGUGCUCCCUGCUCAUCGCUGGGGUUUAUCUGGUGGGAAUAGCAGAUGCUCUGAUACACAUGACAUUAGCAUUUCACUUAUGUUUCUGUGGAUCAAAUGAGAUUAAUUACUUUUUUUGUGAUGUUGCUCCUCUCCUAUUGCUAUCUUGCCCAGAUACACAGGUCAAUGAGUUACUGAUAUUUACUGCUUUUGGCUUCAUUGAACUGAGUACAAUUUCAGGAGUUCUUGUCUCAUAUAUUAUCCUAUCGGUCUUGAAGAUCCACUCUGCCAAAGGGGGGUUAAAAGCUUUCUCUACCUGCACGUCUCACCUAACUUCUAUGGCAAUUUUCAAGGGAAUAAUGGUCUUCAUGUAUUUCAGGCCAAGUUCUUCCUACUCUCUAGAUGAAGACAAAAUGACCUCUUUGUUUCAUACCCUUGUGGUUCCCAUGUUAAACCUUCUGAUUUAUAGCCUAAGGAAUAAGGAUGUGAAACAGACCCUGAAAAAAUCGAAGAAUAAAUGGUUUAAAAAAUUUAUAUUUUGUAUAUGUGCACACAUGUACAGCCAUACUUAUGUGGUGACUGAUGAUUUGUUAAAAUUAAAUGGAUAUGACACAUCCAUGCAUCAUCAAAACAAAACAAAGAGGAGAUCUUGUCAGAAGACUUGGGUUAUCUGGACCAACUAA